GCAGCACAGUGAUUUGUGGGAAUUUGGGUCCCUGGGUCCCGGAGCAACGCGCAGGCGCAAUUCCGCUUUAGGCAGCAGGCUCCAGCUCAUUGUGUCCUGAUUGUUAUGUGGCGGCUAUGCUCUGUCGCCGCGAUGGAGGCGCCUCGAAGGGCAGCCCCGCGGUGAUCAACAACGUCCAGAGCCAAGCUACAGAGCGGUUGUCAGGUGCGCCGAUGCCUCUAGUCUGAGGAACCCCACAGUUGCUAAGUUCCUCGGCUACCUUCUCAGUGCUUGGUGGUCCUCAGAGAGCUCACCGGAGAAGAAGGAUGGCUGUCAGCCACCUCCCAGCCCUGGUCCAGGACUGGUGUCAAAGUGGGGGACGAAGUAUGCCUUCUGCACAAAACUCAACCACUAGGAGAUGCUGAAGAGAUAGAUGCCUUGCUUGUCCCUCCCUGAACACCAGCUUCCCGCAGACGAAAGGUUCCCAUGAGCUGCUGGGACAGCCAGGAUCAGUUUCCCUGCCGUAUCUCCUGGCCGGUAAGAAAGGGUUCUCUGUUUCAGGACUUGGUUACCUUCAAGGAUGUGGCUGUGCUCUUCACCCAGGAGGAGUGGGGCCGGCUGAGCUCUGCCCAGAGGGCCCUGUACCGGGACGUGAUGAUGGAGAACUACAGCAACCUGGUCUCGCUGGGACUCUCGGGAUCCAACCCAGAUGUGUUUUGUCACCUGGAGAAAGCAGACAAAUGCGUGACAGAGGAUGCUCGAGAAGGCUUUGUUCUUGGGGGGAUCACAAUGACCACGAGUAAGAGAUUUCUCAGGGCAGAUACCCCUAAAAACAAAUCGAAUCAAUGGAUAAUGAAGGAUAGAGUCAGCAGAGGGACUCACUGGGAAUGUGCUAACCUGCUAGACUGGACAUUCCGGGAUGGUCAGGAGGUCAGGUUGCAGCAAGUGGUCCUCACCCAGCAGGACACUCCAGCAAAGCUUUGUGGACAGAAAGUCCAGGCAUCCGAGAAGGGCUGCACAGGGAACUCACUACCCAUCCGAAGUCAGAGAUCUCAAGCAAACAAAAAAGUGUUUGAAUGCAGUGAGUGUGGAAAAGCCUUCUCUAAGAGUUCCACCUUUAAGACACACCAGAAAAUUCACACUGAAAAACUCAGCACAAGUCAGGAAACGCCUAUUAAAGAAAAGCGCUAUGAAUGUAGAGAAUGUGGGAAAGCCUUUCACCAGAGUACACACCUCAUCCAUCACCAAAGAAUUCACACUGGUGAGAAACCAUAUGAAUGUAAGGACUGUGGCAAGGCCUUCUCAGUGAGCUCUUCGCUUACCUACCACCAGAAAAUCCAUACUGGAGAGAAGCCUUUUGAAUGUGAUGUUUGCGGGAAAGCCUUUAUCCGGAACAUACACCUUUCCCACCACCAGAGAAUACAUACUGGAGAGAAGCCUUUCCAGUGUGACGUUUGUGACAAAGCCUUUGUUUGCAGAGCGCAUCUUACCAAACACCAGAACACCCACAGUGGGGACAAACCCUAUAAAUGUAAUGAGUGCGGGAAAGCCUUCAAUCAGAGCACAAGUUUUCUUCAGCACCAGAGAAUACACACCGGAGAGAAACCCUUUGAAUGCAAUGAGUGUGGAAAGGCUUUCAGGGUGAACUCUUCCCUCACGGAACACCAGAGAAUUCACACAGGGGAGAAACCAUAUAAGUGUAGCGAGUGUGGCAAAGCAUUCAGGGAUAACUCAUCCUUUGCGCGACAUCGGAAAAUUCACACUGGAGAGAAACCUUACAAAUGUGGCUUGUGUGAGAAAGCCUUCAGGGACCAGUCAGCCCUCGCACAGCAUCAGAGGAUUCACACGGGGGAAAAGCCUUACACGUGUCACAUCUGCGAGAAAGCCUUCAGUGACCACUCAGCCCUUACCCAGCACAAGAGAAUCCAUACACGAGAAAAGCCGUACAAGUGUAAAACCUGCGGGAAAGCUUUUGUUCGAAGCACACACCUCACUCAGCACCAGAGGAUCCACACGGGAGAGAAACCAUAUAAAUGUGGCAAAUGUGGGAAAGCCUUCAAUCAGACUGCAAACCUCAUCCAGCAUCAGAGGCAUCAUCUUGAAGAAAAGUGAUGUGAAUGCAGCUCGUAUGGAUAUGCUGUGGGAAUGACGACAUUCACUACUCAAUAUAAGAGAAUACGUAAAGAAUCGCAGUGGAGUCUUUUAAUAAGAUCGUUGUAUUUACUGGGAGCCAAGUUUCAUGAUGCCAUGGGUUUUGAGAAUGUUAAGAAUGGCAAAGUAUGUUUACUCUCUUUUUAGUACUGCCUCAGUUGGAAAGUGGUAUUUUUUUAUUGGCCUGAAUUACCAAGUAUUAGAACCAAAAUGAAACUUCAUUAAAAGUAUAAAUGUCAGUUUA